ACUCUGGUCAGGAGGUGGUAAGUGGAAGGCAUGAGAGACGAUGUCCGGUGAUAAGGAGACUGUCUAACACUCAUCCGGGUGUCCUGAAUUUAAAUCCUCCACACGAGUGGCUUGCGAUUUCAGGGAAUUUCCGACGCUGAGUGCGAGAAAAUACACGAAAACCUCCGUCGAGGAACGCAGCAACUUGUACGACUCGUGGCCAUUCAGAAAGAGAAACUAGGUCACACAGGGAAUUUCAGACGCGGAAGACUAGAUGUUAGUCUAAGAGAGUACAAAAAGCAAGGAAACCUCCGCCGAGGGACGCAGCAACUCGCACGGCUCGUGGCUAUUCAGAAAGAGAAACUAGGUCACACAGGGAAUUUCCCAUAGAAACUGUGACUUCAGGGAACCCACGAUAAGUCAUAGGAUAGCCCCACAUGUUCUCAGAGCAAGGCUUGAUAUCUGCAACCAUGUUUCGAACGGGUUUAGUAUAUGUGUGACAGCGGAAGGCUAGACAUUAUCAGCUGUGACGGAUUCGACCUAGAUAGAUAUACUAGUGUUUAUUACAACUGUGAAACAAUUUUAUGGAGACAGGCAUCAUCGUACACAUCGAUUUAACUCGGGCCGCGGAUUUCUUCUUCCAUGAUGGCAGAACCUGACUCCACCUUCAUAUCCACUGACACAGCAACGUCACCGCCUCCACCUUCCCAACAACGACGACGUCGUACCAAUGUGUUGUUCUAUGCCGUUGUCGCCAUUUCUCUGACUGCCAAUGUUAUCCUCGUUGUGGUAGUGACUUUCCACAUGUUAAUAAAACAACGUGGACAUCACCACAAAAGUGAGGGUUUAUCCUCCAUGUCGAAUCACCAGCUUGGGUUUGCUGAUCCACUAUGUCUCACCUGUGAUCAAUUGGGUCCGCUGGUCGAAUCCCAGGAUACGAUCUAUGACGUCAUACGAUUGCCGUUGGGACAUACGCUGUGUUGUCAGAAACAGAGGAAUGACGUCACAAAGUUAUUCCAUAAGAUAAUAGGUGAUGAAUACUACAGACGGUCUACAGGUAGGGAGCCAGUUGGCCUCACCAGGGGGAUGAAUGAGCAGAUAUGGAGUCGUCCCAGGGAGUCGACGUGGGCUCAUCGGUACAUGGUGCCACACACAGAUUCGCCGCCAGCAUGGACAACGAGCGAUCCCUACAACACGUCAUUCUGUUCAAACGUCGAAUGUAACGGAACAGACAUUGUUGUCUCAGCAGGGGGUCUCUACCUCGUGUACUCACACAUCACAUUCAUCACGUCACCAGCUCCUUCAGACACCCCCUUCCUGCACAUGAUACAGCGACAGAACCCCAAUCUCCCUGGUCUGGGUGUGAAACCAAUACUCUUAUCUAAAACGUCAUUCAGAUGGACAGUAGCUCCGCAGCAAACGUCCUUUCUGUCCGCCAUUGUGAAGCUCCGCAGACAAGAUCGCCUCCAUGUGAAAAUGUCGGAAAAUUAUUAUGAUUUAGUUGAAAAAAGGAUGCUUUCAAAUUUUUUUGGUGUUAUGAAAGUGUAAUUAGGAUUUUAUUUUUUUUAAAUUUUAUACUGGUGGCAUAAUGCCGGCUCAGGAGAACGGUAUUACAAUCCUGGUGAUGUAAACGAGACAUUUGCCAAACAAUAAGCAAAAUCCAGUCACGUUCAGGAAUAUAUCAAGGUAACCUGACCUGAACUGUCCAAUGAAUUGGUUUCUAGUCAACGUAGCAUGAUUUGCUACUGAUGAUAGAGAUAUACCGGUAUAUACCGGUGUUACGAAUGCAUUAUUACACCGAAGCAUCGUUGAGUCGAACGUAGUUAUCGCGAUAUCCUUAAGGCGUUGUUGCAUAAGGUCCUAGUAAAAUCCUUAUCGACACUGGUCUUAUAUCACACUCCUUUUAAAUCGAAGUACGGAUAACUCGAAAUAUAACCGAUUCCCCUGGGAAUUCGUUUUAACGAGGUUUAAUUGUCAAUGUACGUGCAUGUUGAAUAAUGUAAAUGUGUUCAUGAUGAAAACAAGUUUUGUUAUGUGAUGUAAAAUAAACUUACAUUUUUUA